AUGAGUCCGGGGAGGAAAACCGUGGAGGCUUCCGAGCUGCGGAAGAGCCUGAAGCCGCUGAUGGAGAAGCGCCGCCGGGCGCGCAUCAACUGCAGCCUCGGCCAGCUCAAGACGCUCAUCCUGCCCCUGGUGGGCAAAGACAGUUCCUGCUAUUCCAAACUGGAAAAAGCGGAUAUUUUGGAGAUGACCGUUCAGUUUCUCAAGGACCUUCCAACGUCUUGUGGCACGCUUCCCGGCUCGGUGGACGGCUAUGGCGAAGGCUACCACGCCUGCCUGUCCCACUUUGCGACGCUGAUCCCCAAGUACGACCUGCUGAGCCCAGAGGCGUGCCACCAACUCUUGGCCCGGCUCCAAGAGCAGAACUUCAAGGAUUACCCUUGGCAUCGCAACUGCACACACUCGGCAAAAGACUUGGCCGCCACGCAGCAGGAGUGUGGAAGAUGCCUCGGUGUGUCUCUGCCUGAGUGCCUGUUCUGA